GGUUUAGUCAACAAACCAUGCUGGUGAGGCACAGGGAGGAGAAGGAGCAGCUCCUGGGCUCAGCUGUGGUGGCUCAGCAGGGCUCUCCAGGGCAGUCAGACAAGAUUUUUAUCAAUAAAAUCAGCUGUGUGUUCACAUCCGACUGUAUGCUCUGCCUGACAGCUGCCUAGGAAUCGGUUGCUUGCACACAACCCCUUUCCAGGCCAGGAACACACUUUGACCAGCAACAGUUGCAAAAGAGCAUUAUUAAGUCUAUUAAGCCUGAGUUCACAGAUUUUUUUCUAGAAUAGUAACAGAUGGCAAAUGGUGGCAGUACAGCUGCUGGGACCUGGAGAGGAUGGAUGUUGGUUUGUCAUUUCAAUGGAUGCUGGCAAUAAUAAUGUUUUGUGUUUAUACAGGGCCUUUCCUCUUUCAGGGCACUUUACAAACCAGGUGAGAAAUAAUGGGCUUGGAAUUAACGUGGGCUGGUAAAGCUUGCCCCUGUGCCCAUGUGGCCAGUAUGGGAGGGUAAACAUAGGGGCAUUGGCCUGCACUCCCUACACAGCCUGGAUGUGAAUUAGGUGACUUCUUAAAAUCACAUAGAGCCACUCAGCAGGGAUUUCAGGCAGAAGGAGACAGCUGGAAUUCAGAGGGUGGCACUGGUAUCUGAGGUGUCAAGUGCGAGUUUAGGUACCUGGACUCACUCUCCUUUGGCUGCAUGGGGUUUUGUUUAGACUCUUCCCAGAGACCACUAUCUCCCAAGAGAAGCUGCUGUAGUGAGUAGGUGUCCAUCAGCCAUGGUGUCCUUGCAGAGUCAGACACUGCAGCCAGUGCCAUGCAGGCUCAGCUGGUGCUGACAGAGGUGCUGAUGCUUCCUCUUGCUCGGUGCAAAUUGGAGGGUUGUCCCAAGGGCCUCCUGCCUCCGACACUUGCUCUCCAUCAGCCUUGCUGCGAUUUGCUGUGAAGGCAGGAGGUGUUUCCAGGCCCACCUUUAGUCCAAGAAUUUGGAAUUGAUACAGGGAAGAACCAAGAUUUUAAGUGGAUUGGCUCUCUAUCUCACAGCUUUAGUGCAGGCGAUGAGUUCGGUGGAUAAAACAGUGAAAUGUCAGGAGUCUGGAGCACAUAACCAGAAGGGGCACUUUUUAACACUUUUUUUGUAUUUAUUAAGAGCUGGAUCAAGACCACCACUUAUUCCUCCUCCAUUACUAGCAGAUUCAGUGGUCAUAGUUGCAUCCAGGAAAAACAUCACACUAACAAGAGCUAAGUUUAGAAAUCCAGAAGAAUUGCAGCAUUGUGGUUUUCCCUCAUGAAAAGGGUCAGAAUUUCCAGGAAAACACAGGAAGAAGUCAUUAAAAGGCACUUAACUGAACAGAAAACAGUAUUUUUAGAAAUUUGAAAAUUUUUGGAGGUAGGUAAAAUGUCAACUUUACAUUGUUUCCCCUUUCUUUAUACUGUGUUCAGAUCAUCUUUUCGGGAAGGUUUGCCUAAGCUGAGCAGGACAUGUUAGGAUUAAUGAGGAAUAAUGGGGAAACUUGCCAAACAGUGUUUCUCUGGGAUGGUCUAAGAACUUCUUUUUGUUUAUAAAAUAUCUGGAACUCUGAAAAUGGGGAAGUCGCUCUGCACUGGUACAGAAGAGGGCUGACCACUUUUUAAGGGUUCAGAAGAAGAUGUAAUUAAAAUACUUUUUAUUCAUUCAAGAGUGAAUGUCCAGCUACCAUCUGCGUCACAGCCAGAGAAAAAUCCUCCCCUUUACAUUGUUUUCACUGUAAGGGUAACUGAUAUAAGGAAAGAUAUGAAAUCAUGUGAACAGGGCUGGUCUCUAAUUUCCAACCCAUUUCCACAGACCUCUGAGCUCAGCCAGGACUGUGAAUCUCAUUGGCCUUAGCCAGAGGAAAGUUAUGAAUCUCUGGGGUGUGAGCACUGGCAACUCGUGCCCUUCGCUGCAUUCAAUCAGAGCAGCUGAAGGCAUGGCUCAAAUAUGGUUUUGGCAGCAAUACAAUUAAAAGGUCAUGACCUACAGUAAGUGUAAAAUCCAGUAAUCCAGUCCUUCACCUGGCAAUGUAAGCAAUUCUUUAGCCAUCAGCCAAAAGAAUAUAUGGUGCAUAACAAAAUAAAUGUAAUUGAAACAGGGGGGAGGGCUGGUCCUUUCUUCUCUGGUAAAUACUGGGAGGUUUUUCUCCUCCUCCUGGAAGCAAGUCUCUCUCACAGGUCCAGAGGGAAAGGCAGCUUUCACAACUGGAGCGAGGUACUGAUGAGAAGGCUCAUGUAACUGAUGGUCGUGGCUCCAAAACGAUGCCAAAGCGCCUGGUCAAGGAAGACAGAGGAGGAGGAGGAGGAGAGUUCCUUCUGCAGACUGCCUCCUGCACUGCUUUGGCCUUGCUCCUGUGCAUCUACAGGGCUGGCACAAGGCAGGGAGCAGCUCUAAGUGCCCACAGUUUUCCCAUGGGGAAUGAUGCCAACAAACAAGGCAACAUCUUCGUCGUCAGUUUGUCCGUCGCAGACCUUGUGGUUGCAGUUUAUCCAUACCCUCUGAUCUUGAGUGCCAUCUUCCAUAAUGGAUGGACCAUGGGAAAUGUCCACUGCCAGAUAAGCGGGUUCCUGAUGGGCUUAAGUGUCAUUGGGUCCAUUUUCAACAUCACGGCGAUCGCAAUCAACCGCUAUUGCUACAUCUGCCACAGCCUUCGGUACGACAAGCUCUUCAACCUGAAGAACACCUGCUGUUAUCUCUGCCUGACCUGGAUACUCACGGUGGUGGCCAUUGUGCCAAACUUCUUUGUUGGUUCCUUGCAGUAUGACCCCCGGAUUUACUCCUGCACCUUUGCCCAAACGGUGAGUACGUCCUACACCAUCACAGUGGUGGUUGUUCACUUCAUCGUCCCGCUGUCCGUCGUGACGUUUUGCUACCUACGGAUCUGGAUUUUAGUGAUUCAGGUCAAACACCGGGUGAGACAAGACUGCAAGCAGAAGCUCAGAGCAGCUGACAUCCGGAACUUCUUGACUAUGUUUGUGGUUUUUGUCCUUUUUGCUGUGUGCUGGGGACCAUUAAACUUUAUUGGCCUUGCUGUUUCCAUUAAUCCUUCAAAAGUGCAGCCACACAUUCCAGAAUGGCUUUUUGUCCUGAGCUAUUUUAUGGCCUAUUUCAACAGCUGCCUCAAUGCUGUGAUCUAUGGGCUUCUUAACCAGAAUUUUAGGAAGGAGUACAAAAGGAUAUUGCUGACACUGUGGACUCCCAGGUUGCUGUUCAUCGACGUGUCCAAGGGCGGGACAGAAGGGAUGAAAAGCAAGCAUUCUCCAGCCAUAACAACCAACAACAACCACGCUGAAAUACACUUAUGAGUCAGGACAUACUAUUUAUUCUGGAUUACAAUUGUAUAUAUAGUAUAUAAGAGCCUUUCUAGCUGUGUGCAUUGCACAGCUGGUGUUGCCUGGCCCCUCAUGCAAGGAAGGAGUCUGCUACCUUUCAUGCUUAGCUUCCUGCUGCAGCAUCAAGGCUUCGAGUGAGGAAUGUCAGAAUGGAAAGGACUGAUUUUUUUUCAUGUACCGUCUUUCACUGUGUGCCUCAUUAAUAGGUUUGGUUGCUUUUGCCACAAGCAUGCCAAUACCCCAAAAGGGAAGCGUUCAGAGUGCAUGGAGAAAUGCAGUUAUGCUUGAAAUGCAACCUUCAGGAGACAGCAAAAUUGCCAUUUAUUACACAUAAACCUUUCUCCCCUCCCUCUGAAUUCUAUUUUUCUAGCAUUAACUUAACCCAUACUAUAUAAAAUGAAGUUUAAACUGCAUGGCUUUUUACCUUUUAGUUAGGUAAAGGCUGUAUUAGCCAGCAGGCGUACGUAUGGGCCUGGUGACUUCCACUGUGUGUGCGUUCAUUUCCCUUUUUCUUUCCUCUUAAGAUUUAGAAGCAAGCCUGGACUAGAUGUGAGGCAGGCAGAAUCCAGACCAGUGAGUGUCUGAUGCACUCAUUUUAAUUGAAUAUCUACAAAUAUUAAGUACCCUUGCACUCUCCUUCCCAGGCCAUGAGUAAGAAUAUAACGUAUAACAUAAUCUAAUUGCAGGAAGAUAUUUGGAGCCUGAUUCUAAUUUAGGCAGUAUCCUGUCAUGGCCAGCAUUCAUUCCAAAUGUCUCUUACAAGUCACUGCUACAUGAACAUCAUAAAAAAAAAAAAAAAAAGAACAUAGCAGAGUCCCAUCUGUGUAAUGCAGAUGCUGGCUUUUAGGUUCCAGUACCAUUUACACUUGGAGGAAAAGGGAGAAGGGGAAGGCAGUGUUCCAAAAAUCCCUGCUUUUGCCCACCACAGAACAUGAAUUUGCUGUGGGGAGAAAAAGUGGACUUUUUUUUUAAAUUUUAUUCAUGUAUAAAACUGUAAUUAACGCAUGGAGCUGGGAGACAAAAGCUACUUAAGCAUAAUUAUGCAUCAAUUCUGUUAAAGCCUGAAGUGUGCUAUCUGUAUGAUUGGAAACAAUGUCCUGAAGUGCUGGGGAGUCCACUAUCACAUUAGUAACAAGCACAUGGGCAAAGAUAAAGCUAUUUCUUUAAUGGAGUGUGUGUGAUGGCAGCUCUCUGUAAAUAUGAUGACUUCUUUGUUUUCUUAGUUUCAUUGUGAAUUCAUCUCUUUAUGCUUUUAAAUAUGUGGAUCUUGCUUUGAAACUGUCCCAGAAAAUCAAGAGGUAAAACUCCCCCUGGUGUAACUCUGCCUUCAGGCUAGCACACCUGACUUAGUGCAGGUGCACCGAGUGGCACAGUGGGGAGAGGAGCAGGUCUGAGCCCCCGGCGAGGACAGCAGGCAGCCCUGCCCCUGGUUGAAGACAGUGGUCUUUUCUCUUUGGUUCUAGUCAAAGCAGGACUAGUUCCCAGGGCUGAACCCUGAAACACUGAGAUUUUGCAGUAUCAUGUAGGCACCUGGAGAUGGAGGCACGUAGGAUUUCCCAAACCCCUGGCCGGGCUGUGUGCCUAAUCCAUAGUGAAGAUAGCGAGCCAUUUGUGCGUUGCUUGCUUAAAGCAACUUGCUGCUGAAUGUUUGUUCUGCUGAUUUUUGGGGGGGAAGAGGAGUUGAGAGAAGUUAAGCCCCUUCAUUAAGUGGGCCAAGAAACUCUGCAUGAGUUCUGCAGUGUGCCUGCUGCCAUGUGGGGUCUCUGCAGUACCGGGGGGGUCCCUGCAUUUGUAGAGUGCCCUGGCGCUUUAUGAAGUUUCAAACUUGAACAUCUCAGCCACUUCAGAUGAUUGUUGUUUUAAAAUGCACUGCAGCCAGCCUCCCAUAAUAGGAAUCAAACAGAGUUCUGUUUUGGCCUCUUAAUAUGCCUGAGCAUGGCCAAAUAAAGGUAUUUUGACCCUCAGAAAAAAUCGUGGUCUGUUCGCCUUCCAGAAAAACCACCCUGGGUGAAUUCACACCAUUCCAUGCAAGCAAAAUCAUUUGGAGUUAAACUAGGAUAAGAAAAGCACUGAGGAAUCCAUAACUGCAGGGAGUGUUUGUCCCGUUUCGCCAGGGAGAUGUCCUGUGUUCCAUGACUAGUCUUCAAAGUCAUUUGCGAUUAGCCACGACAGUGUUAGUUAGACUCACAUUAGCAAAUAAUUUGAGGCAUCUAGCGCCAAGGGAAACCUACUCCUUUAAGACAAUCAUGAAGAAUCUUGUGCAUGUUUGCCAAAUAUCUCAGAUACCCUAAAACUGGGGUUUCAUCUUUACGGAUCCUUGUCUUUUUAACUGAAUGUUCAGUGAAGGCAAUGUGGUUUGUUUUUUUUUUUUUUAUUUAAGCUUGUAUUUGCACUAUUUCUUAUUCAGGCUCCGAAGUAACAGCCAGCAAGUAUUUGAACCAAACCAAGUCCAAAGAGGUCCCAAACAGGCAAGCUGUGAGAGUCCCUGCUACACCUGGUAGGAAGGGGAGCAGCAGAAGGGUGGUAGGUCAUCUCUCCAGGACUCACAGAGAGUCACUGAACCAAACUAUGCAAAAUGGUAGUGGAAUCUGCUCAUCUUCUGCUGUUGGGUCUGAGCCCAACUCCUGCCCAGGUCUCCACAGGGCACAGGCUCAGUCCCUGCUGUGCUGGGGUGGAUCUGAGCAGCUCCCUGAACGUCCAGGCCCUGCUACCACUGCAGGGUGGGGAUGAGUCUGUGAUGGGCACUGUCCAUCUGACAGGACAAAGAGCCCUGGCAUGACCUGUUCAGAAGGGCUCUGGGUGGCCCAGUGAAGGUGCCCAGAGCCGGGCUGAUGCAGCCACCAUGGUUGGAGUCCUGAGCUCAGUCUUGCUGGAGCUGAGGUUUGCAAUAUGAACCAUGAAAAGCAGGGAACAUGGCCUCGAACACUGUGCCAUUUGCUAGCACUUUGAUAGAGGCAGCACUUAGGAUAGGAUAGAGUUUUAUAUUGACUUAUUUAAAAACUACCCAAGCAGCUCCUUAUUUUUAUGUUAAGAAGUGGUUAACAGGGUACAGAGAAUUUAUUUUUGUUAAUAGUUGUUUACAGAAAAAGGGAAGUGUGUUAUAACAGGGAAUCCUGAGCAGUGUCACAGUUUACCUGUGGGAAUCUAGCUUUAAUCCAAAUUUGAGAUUUCAAGGGGAUCCCACCGCUUAAAUCAUGCUCUGACAAUUCCACCUGCUGCAUACCUGGCCUUAACUCUCUCUGAGAUCUCACAUAAAGUGAUUUCAAAUCACUUGCUCUAGAUUUGACCUGGUGGUGUUGAAUACCUAUUCUAGCCCCAAAGUCUAAGAUUGUUGUAGUGGAAACUUGUGGAGAGUCAGUAGUGCUGUGAAAGAAGAUGAUUCUCUUGCCAUGAAGAAAUAUUUUUGGAUAUUGCUAAUGAAUGUUGUUUAAUCUAUUUAAGAAGAAUGUAACCAAUAUAUUUAUAUAUAAAUGUGUAUUGCAUAUGCUGUUUCCAUUUUAUUGUUUAAUUAAGAAUUGUUCAGUAUACUUUCCUAUUGCUAUUUUUGUUCAUAAAGUAGAUUCAUUCCCUUUACUUGUUAAAACUGUAAUAAAUCUGCCAUUGGACUGCUUAUUGAUAUUUCUUUUCCACUUGCAGUUAUUUUUUAAUAAAUAUUUGGAACAACAGCUUGGGUUUUGUUGACUCCCACAAAGCAGAUUGAAUUGACAAAUGAGUUCAGAUAUAACUCAGCUGUCCAGCUUAGACCUGGAAGUGAAUGACCCAGAACGUCUGAGACACAUCCUUGGAUUCACGUGUUUUCUUCCACCUGCUGUGAGCCAGCUGCCUGCUGCACCCUGGCCUUCCUCAUCAGGGAAGAAACUUUCUCUGUGCUGCUGUUGGUCUCCUCGCUGUGUGUCCCUCCAAGGCCCUUUGCCUUUCUUGUGCCCAUGUGUAUCCACCGGGUGCUGUGGAAGCAGAGUUUGUCACAGCCAUUUCCUUGCCCUUUCCUGGGAAGGAAAGCACGGCCAAGCUGUGAACAGGAGGGUGUGAGAGCCAGGGUGGUCACAAGUCGGGGCACAAGGUGGCAUUGGGUUGUAGGCAAGGGGUGGAGACAGAGAGUCACCCUGGGCUGGAGGCACAGUGAGGGCUGACACGCACUUUCUCCAUUCAGGAGCUUUGUGAGCAUGAAGACUGCUGUAUCCAAGAUGUUCUACCUGUGUUCUUUCCCCACCUCUGUUUUUGGGCAGAUUUUGCUGUAUUCCUGCAGUUCUUUAGCCAACAGGUUCUGUCCAUAGGCUGCACCAAUUAUAUUUCCAUGCUGACUUGAGCUGGUUUUUGGGGAGUCUCAGCGCUGCUUCUGAAGCGGGGGAGAUGGGAGUAUGGAGUCAUCCAGUUGUAACUGCAACCAGAGCUCCUGUUUCCUAACCAGAUGUCACAUGUAACUGUGGUGUUAAGGUAGUAAAGGCUGAGAUUAUCCACUAAAGAGUUGCUGAAAAACCAUGGAGCAGAUGUGUUGAAUGAACAGGCAGUGUUCAUUCAGUGACAUCCCAGAGCAGUACUGCUACUUUUUUUGCUAAUCUUUUCCAACAGGCACUGGACUUCACCUGCUGCUUCCACAGUAAAGCCUGCAGUGAUGGGACACACUGAAAGCACUGUUAAUUAUAGUUGCAGAUGCCAAAAUGUCUGUCUGAGCAGAGCUGCUAGAAAACCCUUGCACAGACUUGUACCUGCUGUUUCUGCCGCAUGGAACCGAAUGAAUCAAACUGUCAGAAGUGAGGCAGUGUUAUUUAUUUACUUACUUGCCACAAAGUAAUAGUAACUGGGAGAUAAGAUAGAGCUAUAAAAGGCAAGAGGUGUGAUAAUUCAAUACCAGGAUAAAAUCUCACUCAUGGUGACUAUUUGGAAGUCAAUAUUUGUCCUAAUGUAUUUCCUUCCAAGCUUAUAAUUUAUAACAUGAAGUCACUCAAUAAAGAGCUACUGCAUAUGUGUUUAGAAUUUUAUUGGAAAAAUGUAAAUUACUGGACCUAAUGCAGUAUUUCUUAGCAUAAAAACCCUGAGAUAAGAAAUGCAGAAUGGGUUCUUGCAAGAACUCUGUGAUGGGAUAUGCAAAUUUUUUUUGCUGGUGAUAAGAACCAUAAAAUUUGUAUCUCUCAUGAACUACAGUUGUGAAGGGAAGCUCCAUAAUAUUGUUAACUGAAUUUUCACUUUGUAAUGCUUGUUUAUAGUAUCCAUUAUUCAUGUACUAUAAGUAAUGCACUGUACAGCAGAGAUAGAAUUUAGAGUCCGUGGUCAGUUUCCAGAGCAACCAAGGUGGGUCUGAACCAUUAACUGAAAUAUGUUUCUAUGUUUUCUGCCAAGCAUGGUCUCCUGAUAAGGUUUUUAGCUCAACUGAUUGCUUCUAAGAGGUCAGGGAAACUUUAAUGUCUUUUAGAUUAGUUGCAAUGUCUGUGCAGUCACAGCUUGCUUAGAUUACCUUUUAAAUAGACUUGAGUCAUCAAACCAUUUUAUAAGUCUGUCCAGUUGGAGCACAUAAUUUAUUUUGUAUCUAGAUAUUUUAU